GGCUUUGUCGCUGUUCUAGUGGCACUGUGAGCAGGUGAAGAGCAAUGAAAUAGAGGGAGCAUCCUCCUCAUCCUCCAGACAUCAGCAACGUGAAUACAGCGUAACCCAGCACACCCAGCAUAACACAGCGUCAUACAGUAUACAGCAUCUGCUGAUCUUUGCGUUCACUGAUCAGGAUUGAAGAUGGGCUUCUUCUGCUGGACUGGAUGCCUCGGCGUCUGCCUACAGUUGCUCCUAGGAACAGCUCUGAGCAAUCUACCCACUUGUUAUGAGAAUGACUAUCAUUACGAAUACACAGAAUGUGAUAAUACAGGAUCCAGGUGGAGAGUUGCUAUACCAAACCCAGAAAAGCCGUGUGCUGGCUUGCCAGAUCCAGUCAAAGGAAAGGACUGCACUUUUUCUUGUGAAGCAGGACACUACUUGGAAAUUAAGUCCCAGUUAUGCACACAGUGUGCAUCGGGAACAUACUCACUGGGAACUGGGAUCAAGUUUGAUGAAUGGGACGAGAUGCCUUCAGGAUUUUCCAAUGUGGCAACAUUUAUGGAGACCACUGCUGACUUUUCUGGAAAUAGACCUGACAGCUGUGAUAAUUCAUCAUGGAUUCCUCAAGGAAAUUACAUUGAAUCAAAUCGAGAUGACUGCACAGUUUCCCUUAUCUAUGCCGUGCAUCUGAAGAAAGCUGGAUCUGUGUCAUUUGACUAUCAGUAUCUUGACAACAACAUAUUUUUUGAAUUCUUUACUCAGAAUGACCAGUGCCAGGAGACAGGUUCCACAUCAGAUAAGUGGGUGAAAUUAUCGGAUAACAGUGAAUGGAUGCAUCAUUCGGUGGCUCUAAAAUCCGGAACUAACAUUUUGUAUUGGAGGACAACAGGCAUUCUUCUUGGGUCAAAAGUGGUGAAGCCUGUGCUGAUAAAGAACAUUACGAUAGAAGGUGUUGCCUACACAUCGGAGUGUUUUCCUUGCAAGCCUGGCACAUACAGUGAUCAACCAGGAUCCUCAUUUUGCAAGACAUGUCCCCGGAACACAUAUUCUGACAGAGGAGCUAGCAAAUGCAUGCAAUGUAAUUUGGAGACCCAAUAUUCAGAUGAAGGAUCUAGUAGAUGUUUAGCCCGUCCUCCAUGCACAGCCAAAGAUUUUUUCCAAAUACAUACAGCCUGUGACAGUGAAGGGAAGACACAGAUCUUGUAUAAAUGGAUUGAACCGAAGAUUUGCAGACAAGACCUGCCCAAUGCUAUCCAGCUUCCAGCAUCUGGGCAGAAGGAAAACUGUCCACCCUGCAAUCCAGGCUUUUACAGCAAUGGAACAUCUGCCUGUUCUCCCUGUCCAUUUGGUACAUUUUCUGAUGGAAUACAGGAGUGUAAGCAGUGUCCUGCUGGAACAGAGCCCAUCCUAGGCUAUGAGUAUAAGUGGUGGAACAUCCUCCCAGGCAACAUGAAGACUUCCUGCUUUAAUGUGGGAAAUUCCAAGUGUGAUGGAAUGAAUGGUUGGGAAGUUGCAGGAGAUCUUGUUCAGAGUGGGUCUGGGGGCUCAGACAAUGAUUACCUUCUCUUAAAUAUGCAUAUCCCAGGAUUUAAACCUCCCACAUCAAUGACAGGAGCAAAUGGCGCAGAGUUGGGCAGGAUCACCUUCGUAUUUGAAACCAUUUGUUCAGCAGACUGCGUGUUGUACUUCAUGGUGGAUGUUAACAGAAAGACUACAAGUGUGGUGGAGUCAUGGGGAGGAAACCGAGAAAAACAGUCAUAUACUCACAUCAUAUCAAAAAACGCUACUUAUAUGUUUACCUGGGCAUUCCAGAGGACCAAUCAAGCCCAAGAUAGUCGGCGUUAUGUAAAUGACGUUGUAAAGAUCUAUUCAAUAACUGCCACCAAUGUUAUGGAUGGAGUAGCAUCAAAUUGCCGUGCUUGUGCCAUGGGUUCUCCGCAGUUCGGAUCAGCUUGUGUGCCUUGUCCUGCUGGUAACUAUAUUGAUAAGGAGAGCAGCACGUGUAAAGAAUGCCCACCCAACACGUAUCUUUCACCACAUCAAGUGUAUGGAAUAGAGGCCUGCAUUCCGUGUGGUCCUGCGAGUAGAAGCAACAGGGAUCACUCGGCCUGUUACAGUGACUGCUAUAUGUCGUACACAUAUGAAAAUCAGAGCUUGAUGUACAAAUUCAACAAUCUCAGCAGUGUCGGGACACUUAUUAAUGGACCCAGUUUCACUUCAAAAGGAACAAAAUACUUUCAUGUUUUCAACAUCAGUUUGUGUGGAAAUGGAGGGGAAAAAAUGGCCGUGUGCACUGACAACAUUACUGAUGUGACAGCAAAAGACAUGGAAGCCGAUGCCGAAGACACAUCUACUUUCAUAAAGUCUUUUGUAUGCCAGUCUACUAUCAUUCCAUCAGACAGCAAAGGGUUCCGAACCGCACUCUCGUCACAGUCUGUCAGCUUGGCUGAUAUGUUUCUAGGUGCUACAACUAAUAAAAGUUUGGGAGGAAUCAGUAUCAGGACGGACAUAUUUCCUUCUCAAAAUAAGAUACCUGAUGUCAACUUCUUCUACAAAUCUUCAGCACUUACAUCUUCAUGUGACAAAGGAAGAGCUACUGUAAUAUCUAUGAGGUGUAACCCCACAAGACAUAGUCAGGGAGACAUCUUGGUGCCCAGACUGUGUCCAGCAGGUACCUGUGAUGGGUGCAAUUUUUUUUUCCUUUGGGAGACUUCAGAAGCAUGCCCACUUUGUACAGAGAAUGACUAUCAGAAAAUAGAAGGAGCCUGUAGAAAAGGACACCAGGAAACUCAUUAUGUGUGGAAUGAGCCAAAGCUCUGCAUGCGAGGUGUUUCCCUGCCUGAGAAAAGAACAGCGGCCUGUGAAUCAAUAGACUUCUGGCUGAAAGUGGGCGCCGGGGUGGGAGCCUUUGCAGCAGUUCUGCUUGUAGCGCUGACCUGCUACUUCUGGAAGAAAAACCAAAAGCUGGAGUAUAAAUAUUCCAAACUAAUCAUGACGGCAAAUUCCAAGGAGUGUGAGCUUCCUGCCGCCGAUAGCUGCGCCAUAAUGGAAGGCGAAGACAAUGAUGAUGAUGUGGUGUAUUCCAAUAAACAGUCACUGUUAGGAAAAUUGAAGUCUCUUGCAACAAAGGAAAAGGAACACAAUUUUGAGUCUGUGCAGCUGAAGUCCUCAAGGACACAACAUAUAUGAAGUCCCAACACUGCCUUUCAGACUUUAAAAAAUAGAUUUUUGUAGGAAAAAUAAACUCUUUACAUAUCAGAAGAAGAAAUCGGUAUGCGGUACCAGUGAAGAACAGUGCGGCACCAUCAUGAAAAAACAGAUACCACAAAAAAGUAUAAAGCUCAGCUGCCUUAUUACAUGAUUAUUUUGCCAAAAAUGGAAUGUGUUGACAAUUAGAUUUCAAGUUCAACUCAGGAUGAGAGAAGUGAUACAGAAGAUGUUUAGAUUAUUGUGUAUAGGUUGUGCAUGCGUCUGUUUUAUCUUAUCUCCCUACACAUCUAUCCCAGACACCCGAGUUGUUUUCAAGUGUAAAACAUGACCAUUGCUGCUGUUCUCAGAUCCUUAUCAGCUUUUAAGUUUUAGAGGAGAAAUUGAAAAUGAUCAUGUAUUUUCUAAUUAAAAAUUGCACAUGGAAUGAGCAGGACAAAACAUUAGGGACGUAAGAGAGAAUUCCACAAUAACAGAAUAAAAGAAAAUCAGGAAGUGACAAAGGGGUCUAUAUACAGGUUGAGUAUCCCAUAUCCAAAUAUUCCGAAAUACGGAAUAUUCCGAAAUACGGACUUUUUUGAGUGAGAGUGAAAUAGUGAAACCUUUGUUUUUUGAUGGCUCAAUGUACACAAACUUUGUUUAAUACACAAAGUUAUUAAAAAUAUUGUAUUAAAUGACCUUCAGGCUGUGUGUAUAAGGUGUAUAUGAAACAUAAAUGAAUUGUGUGAAGGUACACACACUUUGUUUAAUGCACAAAGUUAUAAAAAAUAUUGGCUAAAAUGACCUUCAGGCUGUGUGUAUAAGGUGUAUAUGUAACAUAAAUGCAUUCUGUGCUUAGAUUUAGGUCCCAUCACCAUGAUAUCUCAUUAUGGUAUGCAAUUAUUCCAAAAUACGGAAAAAUCCCAUAUCCAAAAUACCUCUGGUCCCAAGCAUUUUGGAUAAGGGAGACUCAACCUGUACUAAGGCUUAGAGAGGGAUAAAGUGGACAGAGAUAAAGUACCAACCAGUCAGCUCCUAACUGCUAUGUCACUGGCUGUGUUUGUAAAAUGACAGCUAGGAGCUUAUUGGCUGUUACUUUAUCUCUGUCUGCUUUAUCUCUCUCCAAGGCUUAGUACCAUAGACCCUUCUACAUUUACUGUUUUAUUUUUGCAGUAUAACAAAAACACAGGCUAAUGAAGAUUUUUUUUUGUUUUUAAAUUGAUUCUAUAACUGUUCGUUAACCACUACACCCUGAGCAACAUUCACUUAGUUUAUUUUGUUUGAGAGAGUUUUGAUGGACUGAGUGCAAGCUGUUGAGUUGUUAUUGGACCAGCUAUCAUAAGUGUUUCUUUAUUUUAUAUAUAUAUAUAUAUAUAUAGCUCCCAAAGAUGAACGGCACUGGAGUCAGGUUUUUUGCAAAAUUAUUGUAUUAAGUGGCAACAGCUGUUUCUGGGCAAUAGCCCCUUCCUCAGGCCAAAAUACAAAUACACACAAACAACAUAGACAGACUUACCCCUCUAAAUACCCCUGGAGCGUGUCUGCUGCCGUGUCUCCUCCGCGCUGCUCCUGCUUCCGGGUCCUGAGCCGCCGCGUCACUUCCGCCUCCUACGUCACCGUUGCCAUGACCACCCGGCGGACGCAAGGUAAUCGUUGUCAUGACUACCCCGCACACGCCAGUCAGAAUGGCCCGGCCGCUGUAAAACGUGAGCUCACAGGCUACUCACCCCAUCACCAGGUGCCGGGUUGACACGCAUCAAGAGACCGCUCCCUACACAUAAAAAAUGAAAUGAACAAAUAAAUGAAUAGUGAUGAUACAAUACAAAAACAUAC